CACCCUUCGAAUAGCCUACCUCCUCGUUCAAACGUCUAUACUAAUGCCCACGGCUUUCUUCCCAGAAUUUCCCCCUAGCAACAGCGGAGAUGACCCUCUCAACACCGAGUACAGCCGUGAGUACCUAGCCGCCCUCGAAGCCCGGGAUUUCAAACCCCUCUCUCCCUACUCCGACAACCAAGACGAUGGUCCGUACCUCAAUGCAGAGCCGCCCAUUCCUGAUUCAGACCUCGAGUACGAUCCCUUGCCCAGACCGCGAUGGAUAAGGGUGCUGAAGUUGGAUCCGGGAUACUGGUUCCUUAUCAUUCGCUGCUCUUUGAUUCACGUUUCGCUUGAUGACGAAAGGUUAAAUUACGAGGCACUUUCCUAUACGUGGGGCGAUCCUAAACGCAAAACCUUCAUCGUCUGCAACGGUACAUUGGUGCGUAUCCAGCAGAGUCUCUACGACGCGCUGCGGUUCUUCCGGCAUCCUAGGAGAGGGCGCCUCAUCUGGGCAGACGGUCUCUGUAUCAAUCAGGGCGAUCUCGAAGAGAAGAGUUACCAGGUCCAGCUCAUGCGCGACAUUUACUCGAGAGCGUCGCGCGUACUCGUCUCGUUGGGAGAUCCGGGUGAAGGCAAAAACUAUGAUUACGUCCGGAAUGCGGUAGAAUUAUCGUGUCGUAUCGUUGCUCAAGAGUACGGCGCGGUGGAGAAGGACACUGGUAGGCCAGCAAGCUACGUGGACUCGCUCUCGUACGUUGGCUGUGAGAGGCACCGGAGAAGGGGCCCCGUGACGUUGACCCCGGAUACCUUACGUCCGCUUGUCCCUCUCUUCUCUUGCCCAUGGUUCACUCGAAUCUGGGUUUAUCAGGAGGUAGCCCUUGCAUCAUCAGCGACCCUUUUCUGGGGUUCCUACGCCGUGGACUUCGACUGGGUCGCGCUGACCGCAGUCCGAUUAGAAGAGGACCUCCUCUCCACUUUUCACGAUCACAGCAUUGCCUUGCCCGGCCUCCGCAACUGCGCCAUGAUGCACCGCACCUCACGCGGCCAAACCGCACAUCUCUCCUUCUUCGACUUACUCCGUAACACCGACCACUUCAACGCCACGGACGCCCGUGACAAGGUGUAUGCGCUUAUUGGGCUCGCCACUAAGGAUGCGGAUCCUUCUGAAGGAGAGUUCUUCAUUGAACCGGAUUAUAAGCUGUCCGAGUAUGAGGUGUACGAGCGCGUCGCUAGGAAGUGUCUGCUGGAGCUCAGGAUUGCUGAUGUCCUUUGUAUGGUCGAACAUCCUGAUUCCGAGCCCAUUCUGCCUUGGCAAGCAUCCUGGGUUCCUGAUUUCUCGAGAAAGACGUUCGCUCAACCGUUUCCCCACGCUGUAUUUCGGGCCCAUGGCGACACUCAGCCCCAGAUACGCCCUGCAGACGACGCAAAAAGUACUGCUCUAUCCAUUUCCGGGAUCGAAGUCGAUGUCAUAGCAGAAGUCCUUAAUGCAUUGGAUCCAGACACAGUGGGCGAUGACACCGCCACUGCGGAGCGCCUCAAGCAACUGGUCCGCACCCUUCAAACAAAAACCGACUUCGAAACCAUCGCGCUCCUCCUCACGGCCGGCAUGGAUCUCGACCUGAAAGCCGCAGUGUCUGAUCUCGCCGCACGCAUAUCCGAACUUAUCUUUUUCCUAGCGUGUAAUCCCAGCGCCUUGGCUCCGGAAACACCAGUCGAACCUCCUUCCGACUCCGACAGUGAAUAUUCGGCUGAUAGGGAUGAUACAGUCGCCGCUGCUCCACCGCCCGAUGCUGUCAGUGGCCUUACUACUGACCUGGUCACAAUCGGGCGCCGCUUCUCAAGAGCGAGCUCGGUUUGUCUCCAGGCACGAUCAAUUUUCAUCACGAAGAAAGGGAUGUUGGGUCUUGGGCCCGAGGUUGUGCAGGUUGAGGAUGUCGUUGCGGUGUUGUUUGGGAGCGGGCUGCCGAUUCUGCUGCGGCCGAAGGGAGAGCAAUACCAAGUCUUCGGUGCGUGUUAUGUGCAUGGCAUCAUGGAAGGGCAGGUGGUCAGGGAAUGGGAAGAGAGCGGUGAGCCACGGAAGGAGUUUAUCCUUGUGUAAGCUUGGCAGCGAAAGCGUUGUAUAUGUGAGAAUGGGUUGCGGAAAUCUGAUGGGGGAGUUUUCAGCAUCAAAGGAGUGCUACGUUUAUUAUCCGGUUCACUCCAGCCUUACAAACAAGACAUACGAU